CACCAUGGACGCUUCCCGCCUUUUGCUAGCGCUGGCCUUGCUCUCGGGCAGCCUGAGGCCGGGCCGGAGUCUCGAGGAGGCGCUGGGCUCCCGGGAGCUCUUGGCCGAAGAACCCAACGCCUACCCGGAGAGGUUUUUAGACUGGAUGCCACAAGAGGGUGAAGAGCACACUGGACAGACCUUACCUGACGACCAUCUGCUGGGCGUCCUUCUCCGUACAUUGUUUCAUGCUGUGCAGAGACCCGGCCGCAGCCCUUCCUUCCUCUUCCAGCCACAGAGGUUCGGCCGUGAAGCCAGGACCAGCAGUUUGAGAAGCGCUGGCCGGAUCAAACCACGGGCUUGGGAUUCUCUGGCCCCUCAGUUUCUGAGUUUGGCUACCCCACAGCGCUUUGGCAAGAAAAAAUGAAGCUGGAAGUAGCAACCUGGGAAAAAUAAAUGCCAAAAGUAAUUGCCUCCUGGAUCCUGGCAAACUGGACAGGAGCCUCACCUUAAUUUUCUGCUUCUUUAUUUGUCACUCAGCCUUAGCUGGUGGCCCAUCCCUGUUAAGGGCCUGUAUUUUAUCUGCUGUCAAC